UCUUGGGAUGAUUAGUCAGUCAUAUAGCAUACGUGUACUGCGCGACAUCAAAGUCCGGAGUCCUGGCAUCUUGAUAACACGUUACACAUUGCCAAUCUAUUAAGCAUGCGAGUCCGAUCAGUGGACCCUUCUUAAACUGUAAUUAUUCGAUGAACUUUGGUCUUUGUGAGAUAAUCUAACGUGUCAGACAAUCAGUUCAAUCUCAUCUACGGUCGAUACUUCCUUAUUGAAUUUAUUCUCAUUCACAUUUUGCCACACACUGUUUUCCAUUCGUUCAUAUAGUGUGCGAACGAGAAUCGAGCGUAACAACGCUCGAUUUUAUUGAAGCAGGCACUUGACAAGAUUUGCUCUCAGCUUGGAAGAGUCUCUAUCUGGAUUAAAGGGAUGCUAUCAAAAUGGAACUGGAUCAUUUUUAAUCUUAUUGUCUGUGUAACCACUGUUCCGCUGAAUGGCAGUCUCUCGGAAGAUGAAAUCAAAGCUUUUUUACAAUUGAUUGAAUUGGAUUACGAAGAUGCGUGUUAUAAUACUGCCAAUGUUCAGUGGUCAUUUAUUAUCUCACCUUCCAAUAAAACAUUAUCAAUAUGGGAAGUACAACAAUACAGUUAUGCAGAAUCUAUCAAAACGUGGAAAAAUGAGGUAAUUAAUAAAACAGAGAACACGAAAGAAGAGCUCAAUCCAUCCCUUCGAUACAAAUAUGACGUAAUUAAAAAACCAGGUGAUGCACUGCUAAAAGGCAAAGAUUGGGAGAAACUUAUACAUUUUGCUGGCACUACGGAGCUGCAACAAUCAAUCAUCGGUUAUACGAAUAAAUCGCACAAUUAUUCACGAGAAGAUGUGGAAUAUUUUCUCUCUCAUAGCGGAAGGCUCAAAGAUAAACAAACUGCCUGGAAUAAUUGGUAUCACCAAUUGAUACCAUUGGUUACAAAUUAUUCAAACAAUUUAAUACUGGUUUCUAAAGCUGCGAAAGAAAACGAUGCCAAAAAUGUUAAAGAAUACUGGGAGAUGUUGUCAGGAUACUCUGAUGGGUAUGAUAAAGUAAAUAAUGAAUGGAGUCGGAUUAAUAAUCUUUAUAAGAAGAUUCUAAAAUUUAUCAGUACAAACUUAGCUCAAAAGCAUGAGUUUGUUGUAAAUGAUACACUUCCUGCUUAUUUACUUGGUGGUUUACAAAGAUGUGACUGGACAGAUAUAUCAUCAGAUGUGUUACCCUAUUCAGAGUUAAUCUAUGGUAUUAAAAAAAAUCUUUGGAAAAAGAAAUAUCUUGGAAAAUCUCUGUAUAAGACUGCAUCUAAAUUGGGUUCCAUACUAUUGAAACAAGUUCCACAAGCAGAAUUUUGGGAUAAGAGCGAAUUUAACCAAAGUUGUCCUUCCAGAUUAUUAAAUUUUUGUCAAGAUGGUACAAUGAGAGUGUCCACUUGUUCUAAAGCCACCAUGAGCAAUUUCUUGAGAGCUCACGAAGACAUGGGAAAAAUUCUAUUUAAUCAAAUGACUGUAGAAAGCACUCCUAUUCUCAAUACAAUUAACAGAUAUUCGGGAUUAGAAGAGGGCAUAUCAACAUUAUUUGGAAUAUUAUCAUUGAGUCCUGCAUGGUUGAAUCAUACUCAUUUGAUGAACAGUACUAAUGAUAACGAGCAACAGAUGAUUGUAUCUUUAAUAAUAACUGCUCUUAAUGUACUUCCACGAUUAGCAUAUUAUUACUCUGCUGAUCUAUGGAGAUUAAAUGCGAUUCAAGAGAAAAUUACUGAUCCUACGGACUUGGUAUCAUCCUGGUGGAAACAUAGGCAAGAAUAUGAAGGUGUCUCUUCUAUGAAUACAGAUAAUCCUACUUUCUUAGAUGACAGUCAUAUUAUUAUGAAUAAACCGUACCUUCCCAAGAUUCUUGGCAUAAUGAUAUCUUUCCUGUUAUAUGAAUAUACUCUAGACUCGACUGAAGUCAGAUACAAUGGCAUUGAUGGAAAAUUGAUGAAUGGCAAUAUAAUAAAAAUGAUUCAACAGAGUGGAGCCUUUCAUUGGCAAGAUAUUCUGGACAAAUUCGUAGAUAUAGAUGAUGUGUCCGCAGAUGCUCUCAUUUCUUACUUUACACCGCUGGAAGAAUUUAUAGAAGAAAACGAAAAAAAAUUCAAGUACAAAUCUGGAGCAACAGCAGAUAAAGAACUUGAAGAAUUGGAAAAACAUAUUUUGCAAGAGAUCAAUACUCCUACUGUGACAUCACAACUAACCACUACUAUAAGCAGUAUAACAACAAAAGAUAUGUCAUCACCGCAUAAGAUACCAAGUAAUGCGAAAAACAUGCAAACGAAAGUAGAAAAAUCUUUAGAGUCUAAAUCUUCUGUGUAUACUCAAGAAGAUAAACUAAAAAAUUCUGGCUCGAACUUACCAAACAGAACUCCUUUAAAUAAAUCAUCAUUAACGCUUGAUACUUUCAACGAUACACAAUAUAGCACACAUACAAUUAACACUAGCAAAGCAGUAUGGGCUGUAAGCGUAGUUCUUGUAGCGUUAGUAAUCAUUUGUAUUAUUGCAAUUUUCGGAAGACGAAGAUGUCGUAAAACGCCAAAAAAUAGACGGUACGUUUAGCAUUAUACAUUUUUGUUAUUAAAUAUAUUUAUUUCUCGCAUUUAGUCGUUAAGAAAAUUUGAUCAUGUAAUUUAUUAUCACAAACAGCAUCUCUUAUUCAGGGAGCUAUUCUGUAAUUAAUAUUGGGACAUUAGAUAUCAUGCAUUCCUUAUAUGCUACAUAUAUUUUGUUUUUCGAACAUCAUUAAUAAUUACCGUGUUUUUGAUUACAUUUUUAUCUGUAUCCUCAAGUCUUAUCCAAGCUGAACUUUCAGCUACUUCCAUUAUAUGUUUGAUGUUACAUAAGUCGUACUUUUAGGUACAUUGCUAUUAAUUUAUCAUGUAUUCCAAAACUCUAUGUAAUUACAAUUGGUAAAAAUUGCACAUCAUUCAACUAGAAACUAAUUAAUUAUAUUUUUUUUCUACAUAUAAUAAUUUUAAAUGAUUAUUGUAAUAUUCAUAAUGAUAAAUUUGUACCUUAUUAAUUGGUUUAUCAUGUUCCCAUAUUAUAUUAUGUUUAUAGAAUAAUUAAUAAAGUUGUGUAUAAGUAUUGUGCAUAAUUGAUAAAUGAAAAGAGAUGUUUAAAAAAGAAAAGUAGUUUAAGAAAAAUAAAAAUUAUAUAUAAUAAUAAGAGAAUUAUUAUAUAUAACGUUAAGUAUAGUUCAACAUAAGUACUUAGUAUAAGUAGACUAUUUUUCUACAAAUAUUUAGUAUUAUCUCUGAAUGUUGCGCUUGUGCAUUGUUUAUGUAUCAUUGUGAGAAAUUUAUAUUUUUCUUAAAGACAUAUACCUUUUCAAGCACAGAACGAUAAGAUGUUCUAUAAAUAAAAAAUGAUACAAUAAUCAAUGCGAUUGUGCCAAAGAAAUCAUGCAGUUUAACUUAUAAUAUUUUUGAAAACACACGCACACACAUCUUAUAUCGAAUACAGAAUUAAAGUUAUAAACCAGUCGCAAAAGCGUGUGAAUCGUGCUGUAUUUAUUAAUUAAAUAAACAUUUUGCAAAAUAAAA